AUGGCAGCGGCUAUUGCCAGCUCACUGAUCCGGCAGAAACGGCAGGCUCGGGAACAUCACUUGGACAGACCAAUAGUCACCAAACGCAUUAGUAGCCCUCACAAAAGCAAAGGAAUUUGCAACGGGAAUCUGGUAGAUAUCUUUUCCAAAGUCAGGAUCUUCGGAAUGAAAAAGAGAAGAUUAAGGAGACCAGAUUCUCAGCUCAAGGGUAUAGUGACCAGGUUAUAUUGCAGGCAAGGCUUCUACUUGCAGAUGAACUCUGAUGGAGCUGUUGAUGGAACUAAAGAUGACAGCACCAAUUCCACAUUGUUCAACCUUGUACCAGUGGGACUCCGUGUCGUUGCUAUUCAGGGUGUGAAGACAGGGCUGUACGUGGCCAUGAAUGGUGAAGGAUACCUUUACACAUCAGAACUUUUUACACCUGAAUGCAAGUUUAAAGAAUCAGUAUAUGAGAACUACUAUGUGAUCUAUUCAUCAAUGCUCUACAGACAGCAGGAAUCUGGUAGAGCUUGGUAUCUGGGUUUCAACAAGGAUGGCCAAAUCAUGAAGGGAAAUCGUGUGAAGAAAACCAAACCAGCAUCUCAUUUCCUGCCCAAACCAUUGGAAGUUGCCAUGUACCGAGAGCCAUCACUGCACGAUAUUGGUGAAACCAUACCGAAAAACGCAGCCACCCCCACUCUUUCCACAACAAGAAGACAUCUGGAGAACCAGCUAAACUCUGACCAUGGAUGUCCUACCAAGAUAAUGGAAUGCCUUUUAUCUAUUUCCUCUUAACUGUGACACUCCAUGAGAAUGAUGUAAUUCACAACUGCAUUUGGUACAUAGCCUGCUAAACACACACCUGAAAGAGUCUCUCUUUUUCGAGUGCCGGAGAAGGUUAAGUGUUUCAGACCUGUCGAUUUGUAACACAGCAGACAGCAGUGGGGAUCCCAGAUCAUCGCUGUAUAUCUCUGCUCAUUCAGGACGAAGUCCCUCUCUCCUUUUCUAACAUGGCUGCUCUAUGCACUGUCCUAACCUCUUUUUCUUUUGCAGGGACUGUUGUGUGUUUUUUGCUAUUGAGAAAAAGUAGACGAUGGGAAAAUUAAAAUGCCAUCGCUGGGUUGCCUCCAGUGUUGGACUGACAAUUAUCAGGGAUAUGGGGAGCGUCGGCAAAUACUAUUGCAACAGUGUGCAUCAGCAAUGGGAUCAAUGUCUCAGCCUAUUGACUAGACGUGUAAAUGAAAAGAUUGCCCAGAGACUGAUGAAUUGCUCUUUAGAUUUGGUGGUAAUGUAGAGGGAAUUGAGUCAAUCCGAAUCAGUGGAAGGUGCUCUGAUUAGCACCAAGCU